AUGAAUAAGAAGACCACCUCCCCCAGCUCUUGGCUGAAGGGACUGAAGGCCCUGAAUAACAAGGUCUGGCUGGCAUAUUACAUCAGCGUGCAGACUUCCUUUAGCUGCUGGAGGCUGGGCCUGAGGCAGAAGAGUCACAAAGGGAGUUGUGGUCCCACUGGGCAGCUCCUCCCCGCCCCUGGCCGCACUUCUGACGUCAGAGAGGUACGUGAAUCAAUAAAUGCUUCAGAGACCCACCCUGGCCCUGUCCUUGUUUCUCCAAAGGACAGAAUCAUACUCGAUCUUCAGAAGCCAUGGAAUUAUCUUCAUGAUGUCCUGGCAGUAAAACCUUCCAUGAAUUUGAAAACCAAUCUCAUGGCCUGGCAAAAUGGAUCACUAGGCUUGUUUGUUUGUCUGUGUGGACGUCUCAUGAUCCCAAGAAAGGAGAAGAUAAUGAGAGUGAAGGCACAAGGGGAAAGCUUCUACCCAGUCAUGUCUAAAGGGGAUUCCUCGCUUGGCCACCAGAUCAGCGUGAUCCCUGCUCUUUAUACUUCAGAUGGAGGGAAGUUCACAGGAGGGGCUCCAGAGCCAGCACAAAGCAAAGGAUGGAAGGGACAUGGGGACAAAGCCACCCCAGGACCACUCUUUUCAGCUUUCUGGAGAAAGCACCCAAAGUGAAAGUGGGGAAAUGAAGGACAAAUUUCUUCCUAAAGAAAAUCUCCUAGUAUAUACGCAUGACCUCAACAAGGAAAGAACAAUUCCAAGGACAGUCACCACCUGAACCCAACUCUGUUAUUCCAUGAGGAAGGCUACUGAAGGCUACAUAUGACGUUUCAUGGAGGUCACCAAGAAGGGAGUUAGGGGCAGGGUACAGCUUUAUCAAGUGACUGUCCUUCUGAGUUCCGCCCCAUAGAUUAGGUACUGUGUCCCCAUUUCAUUUUGACAUAUCUGUGUGGAGUAGAUUUCAUUACCUACACUUUACAACUAAAGACGGGAAGGCUCAGAAAGGCCUGGCGCCAAGACAGGAAAAAUCGUUCAGUGGAAACCUGUCUCCGCCGACACUGCCAGGUGUUUUGGCUCAGCCAGGUCUUAUACAAGCUGACGUUGUACCAGAGAGCCCUUAUCUGCCGAGUGGCCACACACUCUGGCUUGCAAUUGUCAGACUUUGUCAGACCUGGUUUACCCCCUGGUCUCAUUAGUAUCAAGCACCUCAUUUCUCUCUCCAAAGGAUUCCAGCAGAGAUAAUGUGUUUAUUGUACGGCUAUUUAGCUGCCAUAAAACAGGGACAGUACUAUUACCAAGGUCGCAGAGAGGGGGUCACAAGGAAUUAGUGAGACUUUGCACAUAAAAUUCAUGACACCUGGUACACAGUAAACACUCACUGGAAGUUCUGGGUUACUGCUCUUAGAAGAGAAGCACAUCUUAGGAGGGGCAGCGGGGAGUGCGCCAGCCCAGUUCACCACUGUCUCUGUGAAGGAUGC